CGAAUUUGAUGACGCCACGUGGUACAAGAUACGUAAAAUAUCAACACUUCAUGUUUCUUCCAAAUUACUUUGUCCGUGACCUCCGUGACAAUAUGAAAAAAAAUGUUUUGUCGAGAGGUUAAGAAAUAUUGAAGUGUUUUUAAGUAAUUGAAUAAUCAUGCAAAUACUGUAGAUUUGAAGUGCAUAAUUCCUCCAAUAUCGAAUAUGUGUGAAAUUCGGGGGCUCACUCAUUUUCAUCAGCAGGAAUCUUCGGCGAAAAAAAUUUUUCCACACCGAAAUUGAAGGUUACCGUAAUAACAACAAGACAGUCAUUCGAAUUGAAUUUGCCUAGAAGUGUACCUCGAAAGACUUCGAAGCUGUUCGAAACCUUCGUCGAUAAGUAUUACAGUUCAUUGGCGAAUGAAAUCUCGACGCUACCAGCGAAUAUUCACUUCGAAAAACGCUGUUCAAACUCGUCUGUAAAAUCCGUAAUUCGUCAUGUCUGCAACACCGAAGCAAUUAUCAACCCUGCUCGAUAUUCUGGACGAGGAGAACCUGGAUACCAGUUUAGAAUCACUAUCUAAUCAGUUGCACCAGGCGUUUGCCAAGGAGGAUUUCUUCAAAGUCGGAACAACCUUGUUGCUGCUUCUUCAGCACAUCGACCUUCUACCAAAUAAUGUUCAGCGAAUAAUGGCGCUCGCUCUUCUCUACGACCUUUAUCGAGGCGAACAGCUGGCCUCCACGCCGUUUGCCACGGUCUUCAUCCAGGUAUUAAAGCCCUCGGAUGAGAGUGCUUCAGGUUCGGUGUCUCGGCCAAACUUCUCUGGACACAUCCCGGCGCUCUCCAGAUGUGAGAAGAACCUGCUUAGCCACCUACUCGGCUAUGGAGCCAAAGAGACGAUGAAAAAAACAGCGAGACAAAUCAUAGAAGAGAUGUCUCACUCUGCUACUCCAUUGGUUGAUCUCACUAGUCUGCAGCUUCAGCUAGCAGAAAGGCUGUCCGAACUACCGAGCGUGAGCAAAUGUGGAAAUCCAGUAAUCCUCCCGGACAUGGACCGCUCAAAAGCUGGCGAGAUAGACAAGAAAGUUGGCAGAGCUAUAGCGGAGAGUCUGGUGAUCGGCGAGCCUCCUCUUUGUAGCCAAAGCUAUCGGCCAGAAUUCCUGAGGCUCGCACCACCGCUGUAUCACGCCGCGGAUGAACUUGCAUGGAUGAACGUUGAGGAGCCAAGCCAGUUCACUGUGGAGUACGAUUCUUCCAUGUGUGUGUCUAACUGCGCUGGCGCCGAGGCACGCAGACUAAUGGGCAGGGCCUUUAAGAGUGCGUUGACUCUCCAGCAGCAGCAGCAUUUGCUUAUGGAACUAGACGCUGACCCAAAACUCGUUUACCAUAUCGGUUUGACUCCAGUAAAGCUUCCGGAUUUGGUUGAAAACAAUCCGCUAAUAGCCAUUGAAGUCCUGCUGAAGCUUAUGCAGUCCAGCCAAAUAACUGAGUACUUUAGCGUGCUAGUUAAUAUGGAGAUGUCCUUGCAUUCUAUGGAAGUUGUCAACAGAUUGACAACGACAGUCGAUCUGCCAACGGAGUUUGUUCACCUCUACAUCAGUAAUUGCAUUUCGACUUGUGAAACCAUCAAGGAUCGGUAUAUGCAGAAUCGUUUGGUACGCCUGGUUUGCGUGUUCCUCCAGUCUCUAAUCAGAAACAAGAUAAUUAAUGUUCAAGAACUUUUCAUCGAGGUACAAGCCUUUUGCAUCGAGUUUAGCAGAAUUAGAGAAGCUGCUGCACUCUUUCGGCUGCUUAAACAACUUGAAUCUGGUGAUAUCGGUGGGCUUAAUGCCCCACCGGCCAAAAGUAAGAUCGAUCCAUGCUGAAUAGAAUUAUUGCAAGCAAUGGAAAACUUGGAUUAGAAUCAAUAGUUGAGAAACGGAUUGUCGUGGUAUUGGCAAUUGGAAAGUUGAGAUGCUUCGUUUGGUAUACUCUUCGUGGAAAUACUGGACCAAAUCUUCUGGCCCACAUUGAUCCGAAUUUUUCUUUUAACAUGCAAUGAUAAUAAAUAUUGACGGAUCAGAAAAUCUCCUGUUAUUCAAUCAAUU